UCGACAAACGAACGGGUAGCCACCAGCCCGACAACCGUAGCCACACCGAUGUUAACUCGUUUUUAAAUUAAAAGACCGCUUUUGCAUCAAGGAGGAUUGUUUUUAAUACUUUAAGAAGUCUGCGGUGGCAACAUGAGAGUAAGUGAAGUCCACGCAGCAGAGUCUGUUGCCUACCUCAACAGAGCACUGGUUAAGUUGCAGGAUAUUUGGGAAGAAAUUGGGAUUCCAGAGGAACAGCGCCUACAGAGAACCAAUGAUGUCCACAAGCACAUUAAAGGUCUGUUGGACCUCAUGAUCGCAGAAGAAGAGGAGCUCAAGAAGAGAUUACUGAAAAGCAUUCAGUCAUGUCAUAAGGAACUUAAUCAUCUGUGCAGUGAACUUCAGCUGCCCCCCUUUGAGGAGGAAGAUGGCUGCACUAUGCUGCAGAUGGAGAAGAAUAGUCGCACACGUCUUGAAGUGAUGAAGGAGCACAAGAAGCAAAGAAUGGAUGAACUUAAGGGCCUCGUUGGCAAAGACCGUGAGCUGUGUGACAUUAUGUGCACUACUCCAUUUUGCAUUGACCAGGAGUCAGUCCCAUCACUGAAGCAACUUGAGGCAUAUCGUGCCUACCUGGAUGAUCUGACCAAAGAAAAGGAACGUCGUCAUGAUGAAUUUGUAAGCGUCAAAAAGGAGAUAAUCGCGUGCAUGGAUGAUCUGGAGCGGCACCCAGAGUCCAGUUUUGAGACAGAUGUGAUGUGUGAAGAUGAGGAGGCCUUUUGUCUGUCAAAUGACAACAUCGCUUCUCUUAAACUACUCCUCAGUCAGUUACAAGACCGCAAGACUGAGAAUGAGCUGCGUUGUUCAGCUUUUCGCACUAAGAUCCAGGAGUUGUGGGAACGACUUCAGAUUCCCCAAGAGGAGAGGGAAGCCCUCUCUGAUCAUAUGGUCAUGUCAAAGAAGAGAAACAUUGAGGCACUCCAGGCAGAGGUCCAGCGUCUCGAGGUGCUAAAAAUGCAGAGCAUGAAAAGUGUCACUGAGGCCGUCAGAGCUGAGAUUGCUCUUUUCUGGGAGCGAUGCUUCUACAGCCAAGAACAGCAGCAAGCUUUUGCUGCAUAUCAUGAUGAUGAUUUCACUGAAGAACUUCUCAACCUGCAUGAGGCUGAAGUCAGGACCCUGAAGAAGUGUUACGAGGACCACAGAGAACUCUUUGAGGGAGUCACAAAAUGGCAAGAGAACUGGACCUUGUACUUGGAACUUGACAAAAAGGCCAAUGACCCUUCAAGGUUCAACAACAGAGGUGGAAACCUUCUAAAAGAAGAGAAACAAAGAGCUGACCUGCAGAAAAGUCUGCCUAAGCUGGAAAAGAGUCUUAAAGCCCAAAUUGAUCUUUGGGAGCAGGAGCAUGGCAGAGAAUUCCUGGUAAAUGGCCAGAAAUUUCUUGAGUACGUGCAGCAGCAGUGGGAUCACCACCAUGCUGAAAAAGAGAAGGAGAAAAUGGAGAGGCAAAUGAAGAAAACUAAACAGACACAGGAAGACAUGUUAUAUGGAACUACAAUGAGAACACCAUCCAAAAGGCGGAUAGCAGGGACUCCCACACCUGGAAAAGUAAGAAAGCUCAAUGGCACCUCAACCAUCUCCACUCCAAACAGUUUCCUUAGUUCAGGCCUUAGUGGAACCAUGUGCCAGUCCUCCAUCCAGAAACCACCUCUGUCUGCCAGCAAGGGUCUUGGCCUGCGAACCCCUGGACAUGCAAGGACUCCCCGUGCACUUGAUCGAAACAAGGAAAACAUCUCCCAUCUUAGAAACAUUCCAAGCGGCACACAAAGGUCUCAGGAUACUCAAGAUCACACCUUCACCUUUAACUCUGUUGCUGGCUCCUAUUCGGAAUUUGCGAGAGACCUCUCGAAGGCUUCUAAAUCAAAUGUGAAGUCAGGAGUGCUGAACUCCACUGUCAGUCAUCAGUGAGGGUCCGAGGAGCCACUCUGGCACCAGAAGUCAUCCAGCUCUGCGGUAGUGGCUUUUGUAGUUUUCAUAUAGCGGACAAGAGGGAACUUUCAUGUCAACUUCUUACAAAAAAAUGUAAAUAUUUCACUGUGUGUGAAUAUUUUGAGUCUCCAUUGAUUCUGUUUUUUUAAGACUUUAUGUCAGGGUUACUGCUGGAGCAGUUUUCUCCGCUGUCUGUGUUUUUGUGGCAGGUUAUUGAUGUAUGUCCCAAGGCUGUUGUUACUUUUUAUUUUCACAUUUUUCUUUUAGAAUUACAGCCUUUUAAUGAACCAUUGUUAAGCAUAUCUAGAGCACUACUUUGUUUUUUCGUACUGUAGCAGCUAGCCAAUACACAACUUUAUUACUCCAGCUGGGAUGACAGCUAAAUUUGCUAUUCAGAAACUAAAUAUUUUGAGUGCUUUUUUUUUAAAAAUCACACUGUAAAUAAACAUUUUAAACAG